AUACGUUACUUUUUUUGCCAUUGGAGUGUGACGUUUGUGUAUAUUAUGUUAGAGCAGUUACUAACCUGAAAAUUUGAUGACAUCGCAUUUUAAAAAUAUUAAGAGUUUAUUCUAUUAGUUUGGAAAUAUCUGCAAAUUUUCGUUCUCUCAGAAUUAAUACCUACUGUUGACCUUCAAGAUGAGUUUUUCAAAGCCUUCAAAACUAAUUUUCACCCUGGUUGGAGCCUAUUAUGAUGGGUUAUACAGCAGUCCUAUUAAAACCAAAUCUCUGACAAGUUGUGCUGUCGCCACGCUGGCUAACCUGACGUCACAGUAUCUCACCGGAGUAAGGAAAAUCGACCAGGACAGUCUUGUGGCAUUUGGGCUGUUUGGACUCCUGUUCGGUGGUAGUAUUCCACACUAUUUCUACCUGCUGCUGGACCACGUGGUGCCACACUCCUCCUCCCGUCACUUACUGAAGCAGCUGCUCAUAGAGAGGCUCAUAUUCACGCCACUCUACCAGAUGUUCGCGCUCUACAUGCUGGCCAGGCUGGAGAGCAAAACUCACAACCAAGCCAUGAGUCAGCUAAUUGUGAUCUACUGGCCACUACUUAAAGCCAAUUGGUUAUUUGUCACAAUCCUGCAGGCUCUUAAUCUGAAAUUUGUGCCUCCUUUGUUGAGGGUGCUAGCGAACAACCUAAUAGGGUACGUCUGGACUGUGUUUCUCGCUCACAUGAAGCGGAAAGUUGACUCUCGCAGAAGUAAACAUGACUGAUAGUCUCAGACUACAGGACUAUAAUCACUCAGCUGUGAGCGUUCAACAUUCCUCCACCACUGUCUGGGAUAGUUAUACAGUUUGUUUUUCUGUUUUACAACUAUUGUAUGUACUAAGGGACAUUACCGAUACACCGUAUUUCCUACAACAUAAUGGAUCAUAUAUACUACUUUUUGUAUAUAUAUAAUGUAUAUCCUCUGUGAAUUUUAUAUCUUGAUAAAGGAGCUCUUGUUUUUUUUAGACAUAAGUAGAUUUCAGACUCUUCAAACGAGAAAACGUUCGCUAAAUUUGUUUCCUCUGCAAACAUUUGAUAGACCAUACAUUUUUUCACUCAAAAUUUACCUUUUUACUUCAGUUUUACGAAUGGACGUAAUAGAAGAGUUGGAUCAGACAUAUAAAUAAAAUGUCUAUAAUAUAAAUUUUUAUCUCUACUAACGCAAGAAGUCAGCACUGCUGAUUUUAAAAGGAAUUACUAGCCCUUUUAACAUUUAUACAAGAUGAAUAAAGAAAGUAAUGUAACCCAUUGUUUUCUAAAUGAGCGUGUGUUUAAAAAACACUUGUGUAAUAAUAAUCAUGUAAUUUAUUUUAGUGUUUUUCUGUAAUGCAAUUAAAAAACCCCUGUUGUUUCAGUGUGUAUCUAAAUAUGUUCCACAUAGGUGCUCGUAGAAUGUCAUUGUAUUGUGUUUAUUGAAUAGGAGCAGUACACUGUAUCCUAGAAGCUGUUAACCCUUUGAGUGCCAAGUAUUUAUUGAGUGGGUGUACUGAAAAGUGCCAGGUAUAUUUCUAUUGUGUGCACCUAAAAGUGCCAGCACUUUUGAAGGCAUUUUGCAAGGUUUCAGUAAAAACUUCACAGUUUGAUUAUUUAAUAAGCUAUCAACAUAGUUUUUUGUAAUUAUUCUUUGGAAACUCUUGCCCAAUUAACAUAAAAUAACAAAGUUAUAAAAUAAAUGUAGGAAUAUCAAAAAUGGACUUACGUCAAAAAACUCCAGAAUUUAUUUAAAUUUCAUUUUUCAACCUAAUUAUCAUUACCUAAACAAUCAUAUCCUUUUCUUUAUCCAUAUCACUGGAAUGGGUAUUCAGUUGUCUAUAAAUCUUGAAAAAUGUAUAUCAUUAUCUUCAAUAAUGAGUAAGUUAUACAACAUUUAAGAAACUAAUGUCACAUUGUUUCCGGUAACCAUGUCAACAAAAAAUGUUUAUAUGUGAGUUCUAGAUUGAUUUUCGUUAAAGUCAAUUGAUCGGAAGUAUACUACAACAAUUUAUUUUGAAAAGAACAGUUCUUUACAAACAAUUGAACAUAAUAUUGUUUUCGAUUUUUUUCCUGAACGUCCGGUAAAAUCGGACAUUGGCACUUUUCAGACAACUUUUACGUCCGGUAAAAUCAGACGUUGGCAUUCAAAGGGUUAAGAUUGAUAAUGUUAACUCACACUUGUGAAAUGCGAAGAACUAUAUGGUUUCAUGAAGGGUUAAGAACUGACAGCAGUAACAUGGUUCCACAAGAAAUUCACAGUUAUUACUGCGUUUUAGUGAGUUACAACUAGUUCACCUAGUUUACGUUCUCACUUCUUGACAGAAAACAUUCAAUUCUAUAUUUGUCAUUUAAGAAGUGUUUGUUUUAUAGAAUUAAUCAGAUGACUCCAAUCAGCAAAUCGUUUCAACACUCUAGAAUGCGAUGUUUCCUUCUUUAUUACCGGACUGGCUCGUGUUAUAUUUUAUUCAGAUAAAUUUUGUAUAGUAUUAUACUAUUAGUCUAAAUAUUAUUUUACUGCACAAUAAGUGUAAUAGUGUGCCUCAUUGUUAGAAGUCCAUUGAUGUUUUUUGUAAUGCAAACAAUUGAGGGUAUGUAUUCUCAGUAGUGUGUAUAAUUAGGUAUUUUUGUAAUAUAUUUUAAAAACUAUGCUUGUUGUGACAGUUGUAGUACACCAACUUAACAAUUUCAGCAGGCGUUGUAAGUUGAAGGAAUGAAACAUAAAUUUGAGAUGGAUCUAGAUAUUAUAAAGACAUUGUUUUGAGCUUGCUGCUCUUAUAGAAGCACAAUUUUAUCCAGGAAUAGGUAUAUUGGAAAUGUACGUAAAAGUUAACAAUUUUGUAAUGCUACAGCAGAAUUGUAAACUUAUAUUGUUUGAUAGACUAUAAUUUUUAUCUUAUAGAAUAUACAGUAAGAUACAACUGUUCAA